GUUGCACAAUAAAUACACACCAGUUCGGUAUGGUAGUGAACAUCUAGUAAUUAACGAAGAGGUGAUUUGUAUUUUUUUUCGAAAAAAAUCUCAAAAACAGAUUGAACACAUCAACCCAUGUGCAAAAUCAAUCUCAAUUAAUCGGCCACCUCAAGCAAGAGCGAUUAAAGUAAGGCGGAAAUAAAAUCACUAAGAUCUUCUCUGCUUAGUGAAAGUGUGUCGGUUGUCGUCUCCGGUGCCGGUGGAAGAAACAAAUUAUUAAUAAAAAAUACAUAUAUAUUUUAUUUAUUUAUAAAUUAUAACGGUUUAAACCAUGGCAUCGAGGCUAUAUAAAGUGGGCGUUACCGCCCUAAGUGCAACAAUUGGCACAGUUUUGGCUACAUGGACUGUAGAUCGAUGGAAUACCCCACAUACGGCCGUGGCCGAAAUGAAGAGACCACCGAAACGUAAACGUACUCUUGUUUCUCGCGCCGAACAAAUGAAAUCCCUUAUGAGUGGUGAGGAAUUCGAUGUACUUAUUAUUGGCGGAGGUGCUACAGGUGCCGGCUGUGCCUUGGAUGCUGUUACCAGAGGCCUUAAGACCGCCUUGGUGGAAGCAGAUGAUUUUGCCAGCGGCACCUCAUCAAGGUCCACCAAACUGAUUCAUGGUGGUGUACGCUAUUUGCAGAAAGCUAUCCUAGGCUUAGAUUUUGAACAAUACCGUAUGGUUAAGGAAGCCUUGCAAGAGAGAGCAAACAUGCUUGAAUCGGCUCCUCAUUUAGCUCAUCCAUUGCCUAUUAUGCUGCCAGUAUAUCAAUGGUGGCAGGUACCCUACUACUGGGUGGGUAUUAAAUGUUACGAUUUGGUGGCUGGCGAUCGCAAUGUGAAGAGUUCAUAUUAUCUAUCGAAACGAGAUGCUUUGGAAUUGUUCCCCAUGUUGAAGAAAGACAAGCUGUGUGGUGCCAUUGUGUACUAUGAUGGUCAACAGGAUGAUGCCCGCAUGUGUUUGGCUGUUGCCCUGACAGCAGCUCGUCAUGGCGCCACUGUAUGCAAUCAUGUCGAAGUUCAGCAGCUUUUGAAAAAGGACGAUGGUUCAGGCAAGAAGGUGUUGUGCGGUGCCAAAGUCAAGGAUCACAUGUCUGGCAAAGAGUUCACAGUCAAGGCCAAGUGUGUUAUCAAUGCCACAGGUCCAUUUACCGAUUCCAUUCGCAAAAUGGAUGAUCCCACCGUCAAGACCAUAUGCUGUCCCAGCUCUGGUGUUCACAUUGUACUGCCCGGCUAUUAUAGCCCCGAUCAAAUGGGUCUUUUGGAUCCUUCCACCUCGGAUGGUCGUGUCAUUUUCUUCUUGCCCUGGCAAAGACAGACCAUUGCUGGUACCACAGAUUUACCCUGUGACAUAACACACACCCCCAAGCCCACGGAAGAUGAAAUUCAAUUCAUUUUGAAUGAAAUCAAAAAUUAUCUCAAUGCUGAUGUUGAGGUGCGUCGUGGUGAUGUGCUUUCGGCCUGGAGUGGUAUUCGUCCCCUGGUCUCGGAUCCCAAUAAGGAUGAUACCCAAUCGUUGGCUCGUAACCACAUUGUUCAUGUUAGUGGCUCGAAUUUGAUUACAAUUGCCGGCGGCAAAUGGACAACAUACAGAGCCAUGGCUGAGCAUACAGUGGAUGCUGCAAUCAAAGCCUGCAACUUGAAACCUGAACGUGCUGAGGCUGUUACCUCCUUGUUGAAAAUCGAAGGUGGUCAAGGUUGGACACCCACCAUGUACAUUCGUUUGGUACAAGAUUUCGGUUUGGAAUGUGAAGUUGCUCAACAUUUGGCCAAAUCCUAUGGUGAUCGUGCCUUUGCCGUAGCCAAAAUGGCCUCGCUCACCGGCAAACGUUGGCCCAUCAUUGGCAAUCGCAUUCACCCUGACUUCCCCUAUAUUGAUGCUGAAAUUCGUUAUGGCGUACGCGAAUAUGCCUGCAAUGCUGUCGAUAUGGUUGCUCGCCGUUUGCGUUUGUCAUUCCUUAAUGUUCAAGCUGCGCAAGAGGCCUUGCCCGCAAUUGUCGAUAUCAUGGGUGAAGAAUUGAAAUGGUCUAAGGACGAAAAGGAGAAACAACUAAAAAUGGCUAACGAUUUCUUGGACGGCGAAAUGGGUCUGAUGGUCAAUCGUGCCACAAGGGAAAGAAUACCCAUUAAAUUAUCCAAGGAUGAAAUUCAAACUUACAUUAAGCGCUUCCAAAUUAUUGACAAGGACAAGAAGGGUUAUGUAUCCAUCAAUGAUAUUCGCAGAGCUCUUAAGAGCUUUGGAGAUGCUGAUAUUUCUGGCGAACAAUUGCAUGAAAUCCUUAAAGAAAUCGAUACCAACAUGAAUGGCCAAGUAGAACUUGAUGAAUAUCUUCAGAUGAUGUCCGCCAUUAAGACCGGCGAAGUUGCCUAUUCUCGCUUUGCACGCAUGGCUGAAAUGGAAGAGCAAAAACACGAGGCCCAACAGCUCAAACAAAAGAUCAGUGUCGAUCGUUCUGGUGGCGGUUUGUAAAUUCGAUUUGUUACUACAAAUUACCGAAGCAUUCAAAGUCAGUCAAAGUAGUUUUUGGCGAGCAGAAAAACGACAUGGUUAUUGCAAAGAAUUUCUUUAAAGUUUUUUUUUUAUAAUAGCAGUUAGUUAAUUUAUUUUCCAAAAAAAAAAACACCAAAUUUUUUUUUGUAGUUAGACAAAAGAAAUCCAAUACAUUUACUUAAAUUUGCAUUGAUCACCUGUUUUACUCUACAAAAACAACAGACUUCCCACCCUGUUUUUCAUUAUGCUGUUCAAAGUUAUAUUUAACGACAACACAGACGUAUCAUUAAGAUAAUUAAAAAGAACGAAUACAGAAACGUACAAUUACAAAUUUUAAUAAAAUUUAAAUAAGUGGUAAGAA